AUGAAGGUGAAGGCAAACGCAAAGGUACAGGAAACCGUUAGUCGUAUAAAAGAGAGUGGAAGUGAGAAAAGAGAAGUGGUCGGUGGUGGUGGUAGAGUUUUAGCAGUUGAUGUUGACUCUAUAAAUGCUCAUCGUCCUCGUAGAUCUUUAGCUUUUCGUAAAGGCAGUACCUUUUUUUAUCGACUUAACUAUAAAAUAAAUUCCGUCGCAUGGACAACUAUUUUUGCCCAGGCUUCAGGUUUUAAAGUUUCUUGGCAUUUGCCUGAUGGGGCUAAGCAAAAACGUUCUAUUGACCAUUUGCAUGAUGAUGUCAAAUUUUUAUAUGACAGCCACGGUUUUAAUGGUCAAUCCUGCCUCGCCCGGAACAUUUGCGAAGCAAUGAGCUACGCGAACCGUAAGGACGGCGUUAUGGCGAAGAUAUUAAAAUUGUUAGCGCGAACAUCCAAUACCAAUUGUACUCACGACGAGGACUCAGUACUUGAGUGUCAGCAAUAUACAGAGGCUUGUCCCCUGCAAUUAAUUAGUAUCAAUGGCUUUCCUGAGUACUGA